UUACGAUUUCUGAGUGCCGGUGCCGUUCUAGUGCCGCUUAACGCUAUGGAACGUAGUGCCGGUGCCGGAGCCGGUUCAGUGCCGGUAGUGCCGGUGCCGUUCCAGUACCGAGAGUUUUCACACAGACGUGUCGACAUUUAUCCGGCAAUCCUGAACCGAACUGAACACAUGUUGGGAAUAAAGGUGGACACAAAGUGCGAGAUGAAAGAGUCCUACCCCGAGGCUAAAUACACAUCUUUUACCGAAGAGGAAGAGGCGGCCAUUGAUAUCAUAUCCGCAAAGUAUGAGAGAUAUGGCAAUGGAGUCGAAGCACCGGAAAAGUUGGAAAUCAUUAAAGAGAAGUGCAAUGAAUUGGGCUCAACAAAUAGCACGGGUAGACUUUUCUGGGAUAUAAUAACCGGUUUGAAAUGGGCAGGGUACCUCAAACCAAAAAUCCGUGAAGUUAUGCUAGAGAGUCCCACCAUUCAAUUCUACGACAAAGUUAACUUGUUUUGCAAACUGCCCGAAGACAAAAUGUUGAAAUACACACCCAUUAUAAACGCUAAACUGACCGACACUAAAAAACUACGCGACCGUUUCCUUGGAUACCUAGAAGAUGCUAUGAAGCAGUCGAGAAUUAACAUGGGCGAAAUAGUAUGCAUUGGCCGUGACUUCUGGGCUAAAGUGAUUGAUAUGCACGACGACAUCGAUGGGUUCAGAGAGUUUUCACACAGACGUGUCGACAUUUAUCCGGCAAUCCUGAACCGAACUGAACACAUGUUGGGAAUAAAGGUGGACACAAAGUGCGAGAUGAAAGAGUCCUACCCCGAGGCUAAAUACACAUCUUUUACCGUGUUGAUUGUUAAAUUACUUACAAAGUAUUUUGAGUCAGCGCUUUAA